AUGGCCGACUCUGAUGCCCCCGUAACCCUGCGCACGCGGAAGUUCAUCCGCAACCCUCUGCUCGGCCGCAAGCAGAUGGUCGUGGACAUCCUCCACCCCGGUCGCGCCAACAUCUCCAAGGAGGACCUCCGCGAGAAGCUCGCUGCCCUCUACAAGGCCCAGAAGGAUCAAGUUUCCGUCUUCGGUCUCCGCACCCAGUUCGGUGGUGGCAAGACCACUGGCUUUGCCCUCAUCUAUGACUCCCCCGAGGCCAUGAAGAAGUUCGAGCCCCGCUACAGACUCGUCCGUGUUGGCCUUGCCACCAAGAUUGAGCGUGCUUCCAGACAGCAGCGCAAGCAGCGCAAGAACCGCCAGAAGACCCUCCGCGGUACUGCGAAGGUCAAGGGCCCCAAGCCCAAGAAGGAGAAAUAA